AUGGCGUCAGACCGCGAGCUGCGCUCUUGGGUGUCUGACCGCCUGCACGAGCUGGUGGGCUUCAGCGACCGCACUACCGCAGACUUCAUCCUGGCCCAGGCCAAAAAGGUCAAGGGCAGCGCGCCCGCCCUGGGGCGCCACCUCUCCGCCGCCGGCCUGCCCGACAACGCCGCCGUCGCGGCAUUCUGCGGCGAGCUGCUGAGCCGGCUGCCGUCGAGCAGCGGGGCCGGCGGCGGCGGCAGCGCGGCGGCGCGGCAGGCGGCGGCGGAGGCGCGGUCGCUGGUGAAGCGGAGCCGCGGCUACGGGCUGCUGGAGGAUGAGGAGGACGAUGCGGAGGAGGAGCGGCGGCGGCAGCUGAAGCAGCAGCAACAGCAGCAGGAGCAGCAGCAACAGCAGCAGCAGCAGGCGGAUGCAGCAGCGUCUGGACGGCCGCAGCGGCCGACCGACGAGGGCAGCAAGCCGCGCGGCGAGAAGCAUCUGCGGCGCAGCAAGGCGGCAGUUGAUGACGGCGAUCGUGACGGCGGCGGCGGCGACGGCGGCCCACGCGGCGGCGACGACCCAACGGUGGUUCGCAGCAGCAAACGCAGCAAGCGGCGGUGGGAGGAGGACGAGGAGGGCGGCGGCGCGGGCGGGGGGCGCGAUGAGGGUGAGGGGGCGGUGGCGGCGCGGCGCGAGGCGGAGCUUGAGGCUGACCAGCGGGAGCGCGAGGAGUUUGAGGCCAGGCUGCGCGAGCGCGACGAGGCCAAGACCAAGAAGCUGGCGGACGAGGAGCCGCGUGAGAGCAAGAAGGACCGCGAGAGGCGGCGCGCGGCCGGCCUGGCGGAGGAGGACCGCGCCGCGCUGGUGCCGAUGCUGCGCGACGUCAGCCGGCAGGAGUACCUGGCCAAGCGCGAGGCCGACAAGCUGGCGGCGCUGGAGGAUGAGAUACGGGACGAGGAGUUCCUUUUUGCGGGCAAGGAGCACCUCCUGACGGAGCGCGAGCGCGCCGACAUCGCGUACAAGCGUCGCGUGCUGGAGCUGGCCCGUGAGCGCAAGAGGCAGCUGGACUCGCUGGACCAGGAGCGCUACCAGCUGCCACAGAGCUACGACGCGGCGGACGCGAAGGACUCGCGCCUGGCUGUGGCCAAGGCGCGCUACGUGGAGCCCAAGGGCGACGAGGCCGACGCGGCGCUGCCCAACGCGGAGCAGGAGCGCUGGGAGCGCGAGCAGCUGGCACGCACCAAGUACAGGGGGGGCGUGGCCAGCGUGCAGGCGGCGGCUGCGGCGGAGGACGCGGCCAAGUACGAGCUGCUGUUUGAGGACCAGAUUGAGUACGUCAAGGGUGACGAGGGUUGA